UCUACGUCAUCACUAAGCGUCUGUCUCUUCAGCCACCGCUGCAUGUGAAGAAAACAUGGGGAGGCAUUUAGCUUGACAUUUGCAUACUGUUUGUCUAAAUUCAUAUAACACUAUCCGCGACGUUUGUGAGCGAACGUGUAACUUCAAAACCACGCUGCAGCCUAAAGUCAGGUCAGCAAACUUGACUCGUGCGGUUACUGUUUGGUAGUUUUGCCAGCUUUUAGCCUGCUAACACUGAAAGCAUGGAUAACACGGAGGGAAACGCGAUUGACAUCCACGGAGAUGAGGAAAUUAUUGAAGUCAUCGACCUAAACGAGACGGAGCCUGGUCCCGAUGACUUGGCUGACGACUUGGAGGACGUGGACUUUGAAGACCCAGGAAACGCAGAAGAUGAAGGCUGGGAGACUGAGGACGAGAUGGAAGCUGAGGCAGAGCAAGAUGACAGCGAGCUCACCUUCUCCAGACACACCGGCUCAGUGUUUUGCGUGAGUUUGGAUCCUGCAACGAACAGCUUGGCUGUAACAGGAGGAGAGGACGAUAAGGCCUACGUUUGGAGGGUGAGCGACGGGGAAGUUCUGUUGGAGUGCACGGGUCACAAAGACUCUGUGACAUGUGCCCUGUUCAGCCACGACUCCUCCAUGGUGGCUUCGGGUGACAUGAGCGGCAUGAUUAAAGUUUGGAAAGUAGAAACCAAAGAGGAGAUCUGGUCCUUUGAAGUGGGCGAUCUGGAGUGGUUGGAGUGGCAUCCCUGCGCUCCGGUGCUGCUGGCAGGAACAGACGACGGCAACGUGUGGAUGUGGAAGAUCCCUUCAGGAGACUGUAAAACCUUCCAGAGUUCUGCGUGCCAGGCCACUAGCGGCAAAGUCCUCCCCGAUGGUAAACGGGCUGUGGUGGGUUAUGAGGACGGAACGGUACGAGUGUGGGAUUUAAAGCAGGGAAACGCCAUCCACGUCAUUAAAGGUCAGGACGGACACAAGGGGGCGCUGACCUGCCUGGCGUGUAACAAGGACGGCUCUCUGGUGCUGACAGGUUCAGUGGACGGUUUUGCCAAGCUUAUCAACAGCGCAACAGGCAAGGUGGUUGGCUCGUUCUCUGUGGAUGGAGGCAAAGCCAAAGGAUCAAAAGACGAGGAAGAGUCCAACUCUGUCGAAUCUGCGGGAUUCUGCAACAUCCUGCCUCUCAUAGCUGUGGCAUACCUGGAUGGGACUCUGGCCAUAUACGACCUCUCAACACAGGUCCUGAGGCACAGGUGUCAACACGAGGCUGGCAUUGUUACCCUGCAGUGGGAAGAGUCUUCUUCUGUGGUGUCCACUUGCUGCUUAGACGGAGCGCUGCGCUUAUGGGAUGCUCGUUCUGGCAGCAUGGUGUCUGAGUACCGUGGCCACACAGCAGAGAUCCUCGACUUCGCCAUCAACAGGGAAGCGUCUCUCGCAGUAACCGCUUCAGGAGACAGCCAGGCUAAAGUCUUCUGCCUCCAAAGACCUGAUCGGUAAAGAGAGUUGGAAUAAAGGUGAUGGGAAGACGAGGAGAGGAAACGUUUGAUGAGCAGACUUUUUGUUCUCUAAUUACGGAAAACAUGUUUCCUUUGCCCUCAGGAUUUUAAAAAGUUGUGUGGUCGCACCAUUUUAUCUGACCUACUUUAGUUGGAUUGUAGCAUCAAAGACAUCUGAUCUUGUCUACACAGGAGUUUCAAAUCUGACUCUUUAAAACAAGCUGUUGCUCAUUACUUUCUUCUAAGUAUGUUUUGUUCAAGAAUCUGAGACUAAACACAGAAAAGAGUGAUACAUUACAGUGUCAUUACAGUGUUAAUGUUCUGUCCAAAAGAUAAAUCAUAAGACAUCAUAUUUUUUUUUUCUUUAAUUGGAGUUUUUGUUUGUGCUCCAAAUCAUAGUUGUGUGUGUGUGUGUGUGUGUGUGUGUGUGGUCUUCCAGCUGUCAAGAACUAUCUCAGCAAAUGUUUUGAUGUAAACUCAAGUGUAAAUACAAAAUAAUAAAUAAUAUACUUUCUUCUGGGUAACUAUGAAGAUUCCAA